UUUAAGAUUUUUGGAAAUUUAUCGUGUAGUCGCUAUGAUUCUAUCAAGCUUCUGAUAAAUUUUCAUUAACUUUAAAUCCGAGAUCAUCAUUCACUCACCAUCGAUCUUCACUAACAUCGUGAAUAUACUUGACUAACUUUAAGAUGAUUCGCGUGCUAACAUACUAACAAUUGACUUUAAUUUCCGCAUUUUAUUAUAUUGUUCUUUAUAUUUCUUGCUUUAUGCUUUAUUUUAGGGUUAAAUAUACUUCACCCCCUGCCAAUAUAGCGAGAUUCGGUUUGCCCCCCCUGAAUGAUUUUUUUUACAAAACGCCCCUUAUAAAACCCAAAUCAUGGAUUUACCACUCCUUGUUACCACACGAGCUGACUGGGCAAUGGAAGACUGGACACGCUGGCGCUGACAUGGCUGAGUUCUUAGGUUUGAAAUGAAAUUCAUAUGUUUACCCCCCCCCCCCCCCCCCCCCAAAUCAUACAUUUCCAGAUUAGGGUUUUUUGGUAAAAUUAGAAACGAGAGGUAGAAGACGGGAACGAUGGCUGAAGACGGCGGCGCAACGGUGGAAUCGGCUGAGUUGAAUGUAAGGUUUGACUGUUUGUUUCACCAUGGAGGAGAAUUCAUGAAGCCUCACGACGGUGAGAUGAUUUACAGAGGCGGGGUUACGACGCUUAUCACCGGUGUACACAUUGAAAGCUGGACUCAGAGUCACAUUCAAAAGGUGGUAAGUGGGUGGGGGUAUGUAGCUGGAUCGUUUAGGUUAUGGACCAAAAUUCUUGAAAUAGAUCCUAAUUAUUUCCAGAUUAAGAGUGAUUCUGAUGCUUAUGAUUUAGCUGCGUUUGCUUGUACAAUGAGAGUUGAUGGGAAAUUGUUUGUUGAACACGAUGCAGAUAUACACAGUAGUAAACCUAGGUGUGUGAAUGAAAGUGUAGAGUUAGAGGUAAGUGAUGAAGAGAUCGUAGAAGGGAUGAAUGAUAGUGAGGAUGAGAGGGCCACAGCUCUUGAUGAUGGCUUUAGAGCUGUUGAUGUUACUUUACCAGUUAGUGAGGGCCCUAUUGUAGCUGGUUUUUUGACUUAUCCUAGUAAGAGAAAAGGUGAGAGUGAAAAUAAAGGUGAGGAUGAUGAAUAUAUAAGUGAGGAUUUACUAAGUUCUGAUCCUGAUGCAUCAGGGGAUGAAAAAGAGCCUAGGUUUGAGAAGUUUAAGAAGGAGGAGCUUAAUAAGGAUUACAAAUUUAAAUGGGGUAUGGAGUUCAAUACCCUAGAUGAUUUUAGAGAGGCCAUCCGUGAGUGGACAGUAUUAAAUGGGAGGGAAAUUACCUUUGUAAAAAAUGAGAGUUAUAGAGUGAGGGUUGAGUGCAAGGCCAAAUGUGGUUUUUUAAUGCUUUGCUCUAAAGUGAGCCAUAAGCACAGUUAUGCCAUAAAGACUAUAAAAGAUACCCACACAUGUGCUAGGGUUUUGGAUAACAAAAGUGCAAGUUCUAAGUGGGUGACUAAGGCUGUGGUCAAAAAGAUGAGAACAUCUGACAAGGUAAGGAUUUGUGACAUAAUCCAAGACAUGAGGCAAAAUUUUUCUGUUGGGAUCACUGUGUGUAGGGCCUGGAAAGCAAAGUUGAUUGCCAAAAAAAUCAUUGAAGGAGAUGCAGACAAGGAGUAUGCAAAUCUGUGGAGGUAUGCAUCUGAGUUGCAUAGGGUCAAUCCUGGAAACACUGUGAAGAUAAACAUAGAGAGGCCUUUACCUACCAUCCAACCAAGGUUUGGAUCUUUUUAUUUCUAUUUUGAUGGAUGUAAGAAAGGUUUUAUAAAUGGUUGUAGACCCUUCAUUGGGGUAGAUGGAUGUCAUUUGAAAACAAAGUAUGGAGGUCAACUAUUGAUUGUUGUUGGAAGAGAUCCAAAUGAUCAAUACUUCCCUUUGGCCUUUGGAGUGGUGGAAACAGAAACCAAAGAAUCAUGGAGGUGGUUUAUUCAACUGUUAAUGGAAGACAUUGGGCAUGACAAAAGAAUUGUGUUCAUCUCAGAUCAGCAAAAGGGACUGGUUGCAGUUUUUGAAGAGUUGUUUGAAAGAAUUGAACAUAGAGUAUGCUUGAGGCACUUGUAUGCGAAUUUUAAGAAGAAGUUUGGUGGAGGAGCAUUGAUAAGAGACUUGAUUAUGGGAGCAGCCAAGGCAACCUACCAACAAGCAUGGACUUUGAAGAUGAAUCAGUUGAAGGCUGUAGAUCCAAAGGCUUGGGCAUGGCUCAUGGCAGUUCCUACAAAGUCUUGGUGUAAGCAUGCAUUUUCAUUUUAUCCUAAGUGUGAUGUGCUUAUGAAUAACAUAGCUGAAUCAUUCAAUGCCACUAUUUUGAAUGCUAGAGAUAAACCUAUACUGACCGUGUGCGAAUGGAUUAGAAAAUAUCUGAUGAGUAGGUGUAGUAGUUCUACUUUGAAACUAGACAAGUGGCCACACAAAGUGAUGCCUAUUCCCAGGAAAAGAUUGGACAAUGAGGUAGAUAUGAGUGGUCACUGGUUGCCAACAUGGGCUAUGGAAGAGAAAUUUCAGGUCACACAUGCCUAUAACAGGCAAGAGUUCAUAGUUGACAUUGCUAAAAAGAAUUGCACAUGUAAUUUUUGGGAUCUGGUAGGUAUUCCAUGUAGACAUGUUGUGGCUGCAUUAGGGUUUAGACAACAGAACCCUGAGGAUUUUGUUCAUGAGUAUUACACUAGAGACAGGUAUGCCAUGUGCUAUGGAUUUGCUAUUAGUCCAAUUAAUGGCAUUGACAUGUGGCCUGAGGUAGAAAGUGAAGAACUUUUACCUCCUAGUUACAAAAAGGGACCUGGAAGGCCUAGGAAGCUAAGGAUAAGGGAAAGUGGGGAAGAGGGUGCUAGAAGAAGGUUACCUGGUGUAUCUUAUAGAUGCACCAGGUGUGACAAGGUGGGCCACAAUGUUAAGACAUGCAAGAGCAAGAGGCAAAAUCAUAGUGCCAUGAAAAGAAAGAAGAAAAUGAGACCAAAUGCUAAUGAAGAAGGUACUAGCAAUGUUGGAAGUCAGUCUGCUCCAAACAAUGAAGAAGGUACUAGCAAUGUUGAAAGUCAGUCUGCUCCAAACAAUGAAGAAGGUACUAGCAAUGUUGGAAGUCAACCUGCUCCAAACAAUGAAGACCAUGAAGAUACCAAAACUGAUUCAUUGUUUGGAGAUGUAAUUGAUGACAUGCUAAGCAGCAUACCAGACUUCCAUUCUCAGGCAUCAACAAGCAACAACUACAAGGGCAAGGGAAAGAUGAUUGACAAACCAGUUGUGAGGAGAAGGGUAAGUGAGAGGAUAAAGGAGAACUGGUUCAAGAAACCAAAACCAUUCACUGGUCCAGGUUCAAACCCUGAGCAGCCUAUUUGUAUGGACAUUGAUGAAGAGAAAUCUUCAAAGAUUACUCCAAAAAGGGCAUCCAAGAUUGCUCCAAAAAAGCCAUCCAAGCAUUCUCCAAAGAAGCCUUCAAAGGGUACUCCAAAGAAGAAUACUCCAAAGAAGACUACUCCAAAGAAGGGAACUCCAACAAAGAAGACUUGA